CUCCUGUGACCCAUGGAUGUCUUUAACUGCCCCUCCUGCCAGCAGGCCCUCUGGGACCCUGUAACUGUAAGAUGCGGCCACUCUUUCUGCAAAAGGUGCUUGCGGGGGCCAGCAGUGGACAGGUGCCACAUUUGCAAGCAGAAGCUGAAGCCCAGGGGUGCCCAGGCGCUGAAAUGUAACACCCUUUUAUGCAACUUGCUGGAGAAGUGCCUGCAGAGCGAAACCAGACUGAACAGGGUGAGAAGCGACCUGCGCGAUUUGCUCUCACUCCAGGACCACGAAGAGGCAGCAAAAGUGGCCUCCAGAGGAGUUGCGAUGGGGAGGAAAGAAGAAAAAAGACAAGCAUUAGAAGAACAAAAGUGAUACAAUGUUGCUGGAACAUGCAUUUAACAAACCUCCAUUAUACUUAUUAAUGCGCUUCUGCAUGUGUGUUUGUAAAUGGUCUGCAAUGUAUAUACUGAUCUUUACUUAAAGGUCAUGGGUUUUCAGAAUAAAACCUUAAACAAA